CAACAUGAACAUCUUAAGUCUUAACAACAUCUGCUACAUUUUUGGUCUUCUGGUAUUUUUCGGGAAUUCGUCGAUUAAAAUCAAAAAAGCUAUUAGGAGUAAAUUCUUAGGAGUAAUUAGGUAUUGGGUUUUUUUAGGAGUAAUUCUAAUACGAAAAUUUUUGUUAUUAACUUGGUUGAACAUAUUUCCAAUUUCCAGGUACAUAUUACAAUACAAUUCUGACAAUAAAUAUGCGGGAGAGAAAUAAAAGGCAGAAAAAUGAAAAUUCAUCAGAAGGAACAGUUCAUGCCCUUGGCAGUGAAGAUGCCCAUGAAACUGCUAGUUUACCGGAUGCCAAAGAAAAUACUUCAGGGACCCGUUUGCGGAGUGCAAAUAGGUCUUCUUAUGUUAUGCUGACAGUGUGUGCAUUAAUAGCCUAUUGCACAUUGAGUAUUUAUCAGUAUCAGCAUGAGGCGUUACCGGUACCUCUAUCUCCUGAACACGCUGGAAAACGAGGUUUUUCAGAAAUAGAGGCCAUGAAACAUGUCAAGGCAUUGGCUAAGCUGGGACCUCAUCCAGUUGGUUCAGAUGCUCUUGAACGUGCUUUACAGUAUGUGCAACUUACAGCAGAAAAAGUAAGAAAUAAUUCUCACUGGGAGGUUGAUGUUGAGGUGGAGGAAUUUCAUGUCAAAGCUGGUGCAAAUAAUAUGAAUGGUGGCUUAUUUUUUGGGAAAUCACUUGUUUACGCUGAUCUGAAUCAUAUCAUUUUGAGGAUCUCACCCAGAUACGAAUCUGAAGCCAAGAUGAACUCUAUUUUGAUUUCAUCACACAUUGAUACUGUUUUCUCAACGGGUGGAGCUGGUGAUUGCAGUUCAUGUGUUGCUGUCAUGUUGGAACUUGCUAGAGGAGUCUCACACUGGGCUCAUAACUUUAAAAGUUCUGUUAUUUUCUUAUUUAACACAGGUGAGGAGGAGGGUCUAAAUGGUGCUCAUAGCUUCAUUACUCAGCAUCCUUGGAGUGAAAUUGUUCGUGUUGCUAUUGAUUUGGAGGCAAUGGGCGUUGGAGGAAAGGCCAAUAUAUUUCAGGCUGGGCCUCAUCCUUGGGCUAUUGAAAAUUUUGCAUUAGCAGCCAAAUACCCAUCUGGUCAUAUCAUGGCACAGGAUUUAUUUUCUUCAGGAGUUAUUAAAUCUGCUACAGACUUUCAAGUUUAUCAGGAAGUUGCCGGUCUUUCUGGACUCGACUUUGCAUUUAUAGACAAUACAGCAGUGUAUCACACAAAGAAUGACAAAGUGGAGCUUUUAAAGCCUGGCUCACUUCAGCAUCUUGGAGAAAAUAUGUUGGCGUUUUUGCGUCACAUAGCAUCUUCAUCCGAUCUUGCAAAAGACGAUGUUUCUCGAGCACCGGAAAAUACUGAUGAGAACUCUGUCAUAUACUUUGAUAUUUUGGGGACUUACAUGAUCGUGUAUCGUCAGAAAUUUGCAAAUUUGAUGCACAACUCUGUAAUUUUGCAGUCGCUAUCAAUAUGGCUCUUGUCGUUGUUUAUGGGAGGUUAUCCAGCUUUAGUUUCAUUUUCCUUGUCCUGUUUGAGUGUUGUCCUCAUGUGGGUGCUUUCAUUAAGUUUUUCAAGUCUCGUGGCGUUCAUACUAUCAAGCACAUUAUCAGUAUCAGUUCCUUAUAUUACAAGUCCAUGGCUGGUUAUCGGUUUGUUUGGUUUCCCUUCACUUCUUGGUGCAUUUUCUGGUCAACAUCUUGGCUUUCUCCUGCUUGAGAGGUAUAUGUCUCAUGUUUAUGCACAGAGAAAUAAGACUUUAUUGCCUCCUGUUCAAGCCAAUUUGGCCAGAUUAGAGGCAGAAAGAUGGCUCUUUAAAUCUGGAACAGUACAGUGGCUACUUAUUCUGGGGGUGGCACAUUAUUACAAAGUCGGUUCAUCAUAUGUACCCUUAGUUUGGCUUGUUACACCGGCUUUCUCAUAUGGGUUAUUAGAAGCAACAUUGACUCCCUUUCGGUUACCCAAGCCAAUGAAGAUUGUAACCUUGCUUAUGGCUUUAUCAGUUCCACUCUUAGUUUCUUCUGGUGCUAUUAUUCGAAUUAUCGGUGUGCUCAUUGGGACUGCUGUACGGCUUGAUAGAAAUCCUGGGGGUGUUCCUCAGUGGGUGCCAAAUGUAAUUGUGUCAUUAGUUGUUGCGGCUGUUGUGUGCUUGACAUUGGUUUAUCUACUCUCCUACACCCACCUUUCAGGUGCUAAAAGGUCCUUCAUUCUGGUGAGCUGUGCUUUGUUUGGCCUCUCUCUCGCUGGAAUAUGGUCUGGUUUUAUUCCAAGUUAUACUGCUGACACUGCUAGAGCUGUGAAUGUUGUUCAUGUUGUGGAUACAAUGGGAGGAUAUGACAAUGCAAAAGACGUUAAUUCAUUUGUGUCGCUCUUUUCCUCAACUCCAGGAGACUUAAACAAGGAGAUUGAACAAAUCAAUGAGGGCUUAGAAUGCGGUACAGAGAAGGUUAUCGACUUUGUUACCUUCUCUGUGAAAUAUGGUUGUUUGACCUAUGAUGGUACCGAAAGUGGAUGGAGCGACGUUGAUAUUCCUAAAAUUGAAGUUAAGAGCGACACAAAAACAGAUGUAAGAGUGACUAAACUGUCAAUUGACACUAGAGUUUCCAAAAGAUGGUCAAUGGCUAUCAAUACCAAUGAAGUAGCAGAUUUUGAAUUCAGAGUCUUAGAUGAUCCCGAAGAGCUUAUUACCAUGGGCAACAAGAGUAGUGUGGGUGGCUGGCAUGUCAUUCAGUUUUCUGGUGGAAAGAAUGCUCCUACAAAAUUCGACCUGACGCUGCAACGAUUCGAUAAUUCCACGCAUUCUGGACACCCGGACGAUGACAUUCAGAAAUAUCUUAUAAAACUUAGAACUGAUGUCAACAGGCUGACACCAAAAGCAGAGAAGGUUUUGGAAAAGCUUCCUUUUUGGUGUUCUCUUUUUGGGAAGUCGACUUCUCCUUAUAUGCUGGCAUUCUUAACGGGUCUUCCUAUUGAUCAUGAUUCGCGAUAAUCCUGAACCGAAAAUGUGUAAUUUUGUGUUAUUUUUUGAGAAGCCACUUCCUCCAUCUCGUAGCUACUAAUUAUGUAGGCCGGACAAUCGCUAAUCCCUUAAUGAUAGAGACUAAUUUAUCGUUUAUACAAUCCCUUUUCAAAUUACGUUUAGAAAAUUUUCAAUUUAAAGAGGCCUUGUACGAUUCGAAUGUUCUAAAGGUGCAAGUGAAUCGUUAGACGA